AUGGAGAGAGCGGCAGUGCCGGUCCUGAGCAAGGUCGGGCAGGUGCUGGUGGACGAGCUCCAGGACAUCCGCGGCGUAGGCAACAAGGUCAUCCAACUCCGGGACGAGCUGGCCACCAUGAACGCCGUCCUCCGCGUUAUCUCCGAGGCGAAGGAGGGCUCCGUCGACCACAUCGUCCGGGAGUGGGAGAAGCAGGUGCACGACCUCGUCUACGAUGCCGAGGACUGCACCGACACCUACUCGCUCUGCAUCAGCCGCCCCAUGGCGCGCCCGUCCAUCUACGCCCGCGCCAAGCGCGUUGCCAGGUAUCCGUACAAGAAGCUUGUGCUGCAGCGCGCCCUCGCCGCAGACAUCAAGGAUCUCCUGGUGCGUACCACUGCCGUCAGCGAACGCCGUGCUCGCUACAACAUCGACCGGGCCACGCUGCCAAGAGCUGCCUUCUUGGCCCCCGUCUCGGCAGCGUCUAUCUCCACGAAUGCUCUCCGCCGUGUCAACGACCCUGAUCAGUUCGUGGGCAUAACAGAGCAGGCCGACACCCUGGCUACUAAGAUCAAGGGGCCUAUGCAUGUUCAGCAUGACGAGAGCACGGCUCCGGUCCAUGAUGAGGAUGGCCAGAUCAAUGUGGAGGUCCAUGAUGAGGAUGGCAAGAGUCUCAAGGUGCUCUCCAUUGUGGGGUUCGGAGGGCUGGGGAAGACAACCCUGGCCAUGGAGUUGUGCCGGCAGCUGGACAUGGACUUCCCCUGCCAGGCGACGGUGUCCGUCUCACAAGCAUUCAAUGUAGAGAAGGACAUGGAGGGACUGCUGAAACGACUGCUCCAGCAGCUCAGCAAUAAGAAAGGGGAUGAUAAGCAAACCAACCCGAUGGAUGUGGAAGGGCCAUCCAGCAGGAUCAUGAAGCUCCUCAAGGAGACGAGGUAUCUCAUUUUGAUCGAUGAUGUAUGGAGGCUACCAGCCUGGGAAGCUAUUUGGAACAUAUUUCCAAAGAAUAAUUGUGGCAGCAGAAUCAUUGUGACAACUCGGAUAAAGGCAGUGGCUGCGGCCUCUAGUGUCGACUUUGUCCAUCAUAUGAAGCCCCUAUUAAAAGAAUCAUCUGAGAAAUUAUUUGUCAGAAGAGUGUUUAGCUCCGCAAAGAAGGGUGAUUGCCCCAAAGAACUUCAAGAAACCAUGGAUAUAAUUUUGAAAAAAUGUGGUGGCUUGCCGUUGGCCAUCGUUAGCAUCGCUAGCCUUCUGCCAAGCUCUACGUCAGCUGAGAGCAUAGAUAUGUGGAAACAAGCUUCUAGAUCAAUUAGUUCUCAUAUGGAAAGCAACCGUGCCCUCGAGGGGAUGAGGCAGUUGAUUACACUCAGCUAUGACUACCUACCUCAUUAUCUGAAGGCUUGCAUGAUGUAUGUGAGCAUUUUCCCGGAGGAUUAUAUGAUUGCCAAGGAUAGACUGCUAUACAGAUGGAUUGCUGAAGGUCUGGUCACUGAGAAACGGGGCUUGACUUUGUUGGAGGUUGCAGAAGAAUACUUCAACGAGUUGAUAAGUAGGAACAUGAUUCAACUAGACAAGUUUGUGUACCAGUUAAAACAUUCUAGAGAAGUGGAGGUACAGGGGUGCCGGGUGCAUGACAUGAUCCUUGAGGUCAUGGUGUCCAAAUCCCAUGAGUACGGUUUUGGCAAGCUACUGGAUCACCUAGGUGAGUUCAAAUUGCUGAGAGUACUUGACCUGGAAGAUUGCCAGGCCCUGAGAAACAAGCACAUGAGAGAUGUCUGCCGACUGUAUCUUCUCAAGUUCUUGAGCUUGAGGAAUACAAACGUCGCAAAGAUGCCUCGCAAAGUUGGCAAUCUAGAGCACUUGGAGACCCUUGAUGUAAAACACUCACACAUCUGGAAGUUGCCACGAACUGUGACAAAGCUAAGCAAACUAGAGCGCCUACGGUCCAACAGGUGGAAUCUGCCACGAGGGGUCUGGAAGAUGAAAGCGCUACGCGAGGUGGACGUAGGAGUUGUUGACAGUCCAUCGGUUGCCCAAGAGAUUGGUAAGCUGACACAAUUGCAGUUGCUAAGUAUCGUAAUCCAUGCAGAAGUCGAUGAUGGGUGUUUGACUAACCUUGCCUCCUCCUUGAGCAAGACAAGCAGCCUCCGGUUGCUAAAUGUGAAAUUCGGGAGGAGUAGUUGUUUGGAGUUUCUCCCUAUCUUCUCCAAGCCGCCGCCACUUCUCCAAUGCCUUGGUGUGUUUGACCGAGGCAUUAGCCAAUUGCCCGACUGGAUCUCAUCACUCACACACCUCACAAAGAUUGAAGUGGGAGAGGCAAAAGAACUUGAUGGUGACAAGUUAUUUAAUGUCUUGUGUAAGGUGCCCAAGCUUCACAGUGUUCGUCUGAAGGACAUUGACUGCAAAAACGGAAGAGAACUGGUUGCACGCGGCAAACACAGCUUCCCGGUGCUAAGGAUCCUGAAGGUGGUCGGAUUUUCCAGCAAGCUCGUGUUCGAGAGAGGAUCAAUGACAAAGCUGGAGACCCUUGUGUUGUUUUUUUAUAGCGAGAGGAUGAGCGUUGUUGGCCUCAAGAACUUGGAAAGCCUUAAAGAGGCCAAGCUCAGUGGUAGUAAAAGCAACCUGGAAAUGGAACGUGCGGUGGAGCAGCUCAGGACUCACCCCAAUCAGGUCAAACUUGUAGUGGAGUAUUGGGACUGA